CACAAGAUAGGAUAUUGCUGACUUCAAUAGAGACACAUCUACGUGGCAUUUUGCUGCAGCUUGAUUUGUAUUCACCGUUAUUGUGACUCCACUUCCAUGCUAUUGCAAUGCCACUAGCUGACUGCCAUCGUGUAGCUUUUGUGGUAGAAGCCGUAUUGUUUUUUUUCUUUGGGAGCCUUCCAAAAUGUUGGAAGUUAGGGCAGAUACUGUGCCUUGGUGGCACCUCUAGUCACAUCCCAAAACCCUUUCAGCUGCCAUGCACAUCCAUUUUCAACACAGGCUCUGCUGCUGGACAUUAACAAAUUUCUUGGUAGCUUCUUGGCCUCCCCAUCAUCUCAGAUUUACCCUGUGCCAUCAAAACAGCUAAAACAUGAUGUGUUUAUUCCUAGUGUAAAAUUCAGCUCUUCUCCUGAAUAUGUGUGUCCUUGCACAGCUGAAGACGUGCUGAGCUGCAGCAGACUGAGACCAAGGUCUCUGUGUCUUUUCGUGGCACAGCUCAGGUCUCUGGCUGCCUGGAAGGAGAAACAGAGUCACCGACCUCCUGAUGUCAAAGUGAAUGACUCACGUGGCAAAGCCCAGUGACUCUGCAGUGCCCUCCUGACUUGGAUACUCUCGGAGAGAAAAUAAUCCAUUCACUAAGAAUCUAAAUUUACCCAGCAGCUGCAUCUCCUGGAGCUGCCAGAAGGAGCUAAUCUUAGACACCAUCUGAGCGAGUAAUUUGUUAUAGAGCCAGUGCAUAGGGGAACUCAGGCUUUCCCCAACUUUGCAUGAGGUUAACCCUUUGCCACUGUGCUCGGUUACUGCCACCAUUAGAAGCCAAAGGGCCAGUGGCCAAAGUGGUGGUAUUGCAGCAGUGUCUCUCACUGCUCAGCCCUGAGAAAGAGACAAUCAAUCAGCCUCAGCGUAUGCCUCUGUGGGAAAAGUCUACCCUGAUCAAAACCUCCACAAGAGAGAACCAUUGCCAGAGGCUCAAAACUGAUGAUUGCCUCAGAUUCCACUGCUAUCAUCAGAAAGAAAAAUGUAUCCCCCAGCAAGCAGAUGUGGCUGAGGCUCUCCAGCGCAGGGGGGGUUCAGCCCAAGCCCCGAGAAAUCCUAUUGACUUGCCUGUGCAUAAACAGAGAUUGUAAAAUGGCAACAACCAACCAGCGCACGCAAAUAAAAACGAGGAAUGAAGCAAGAGUAAACACACAAGCGAUAAAAGAAUGCAAUGCCUGAGAUGCAGCCUGGAAAUGUGUAAGCUAAUAUGUAAGAAGAAAAAAAAAUCCAAACUUCAACUAUUUGAUGGCUGAGACGAUCUGAAGCUUUUGGCUGAGCUGCAACUAAAGCAAUGCUAGCUUUUUCCUCCCAGUCCCAGAAGGGUUCACAAGAGGUGCACAAUAGCUCCGAGAGCACCCCUAAGGUCUCCCCAUUAGCACUAUGUGGCUGUGUGAGCCACCCCAGAGCACAGAGUUGCUCAGAGGAUUUUGGGUCCACCAGCUUGGCCCUCUGUCCCACCAGGCCAUAGCAAAAACUUCCCUGGGGAAGGCCCACCUUUAGCUGAGCUGAAUGUGCCUGUGCUCAGGAGCCAGAGAGCUCUCUGUUUCAUAGAGGGAUGUCUUGGGGUGGUCAGUCUGGGCCAUGUGUGCUGGCUACAUCGUUCUGAUGGCAGGGCUUGGGAUGGCUGCAGCUGUAUUGAGCCGAUAUAGUAAAAAAUAGUGUUGGCAGGAAACAAAAGGCUGGGGAUUACAUGUAUGAAUGUUGCCACAAGCUGUCACUAAGAUAGUGUCCCAGUUCUGCUGUGAUUAGAAGGCACUGGGAAUAGUUAAGAUUGUCUAGUCUGAAUUCAUUAUUUAAGAUCUCUCUAGAGUGAAUGGCGAGACACAGCCGUCACCAGAGUCCUCUCCUCUAAGGCAAGUGUCUAAUUCAGGUGUGGUGAAUCAGUUCCCAGAGAUGCCUGUCUCCCCCUGUGCUCUUAGGGAGCCUAAACUCUACACCCUUCACCCUGAGAGAGCUAAGACUAGGUGGGUGACAACCCACCUUCAUUUCUCUGGAGCAUUUCAGACUACUAAUGGCUGAUUUGGGUUCUUUUCUGUCAGGCUCUAGAAUGGUCUGGUUUCACUUUACAGAGCCAAAUGAAGCCUGGAAGUCCCAUCUCUGCCAGUGGCUUCCUAUAUGGUCCUGGAUGAGUCAGCUUCACUCACAGACCACUCAGAAAUAGGGCUGUUCUCUGCCUGGAUGAGGUUUGGUUUUCCUGCCAAAGCAAGGCACGAUGAUGAAGGAACUAAAAUCCAGCUGCUGAUUUCACAGAUGAUAGCAGACCUCAUGCCAAGGUUGUCUACUCCGUGGGGUUUUCCACCUGCCAAAGGAUGGAAAGGUUCAAUGAGUUCUGCUGCUCCAGAGAAGUCUUCACCAAAGUGAAAUUUGGAGGGGAGGGGGAAAGCCCUUUUAUAGACAACAUAGACCCAAAACAACAGCUCUCAGGCCCUGUUUUCCUGGAAAUAGCACUGGUCUCCAUAAAUCCAUUUGUUUCUGAAGUGAUGAGUCUUACACGUGCAGGUGGAUCAGUGGUUCCCUCCUCACCAGUGAGCUGUUGCUCAUGGAGUUGAACCCAUAGUCACGUGAGCCCAAGCCAGUCCUCGUUUCCAAUCAGCUGGAUUGGCCGAAGGCAGAUAUGUGUCCUAGGCCUUUGUACUUAUUCUGGGAGCUGUGACUCAGGAUAGGUCUCGCUGCAUUUAGUGGUAUCACCUUAUGAUGGGAAAUAUGAAGAGAGAGCACUCUGGAAAAAGUGGGUUUCUUCCCAAGUUUUGGAGCCAGCCCAGCAGCUGUGUCAAGCCACUGAAGCCGACAGACCCAACAGGGGGUUUGUGGCUAAGGCAGUGCUCUUGCCCUAGGUGGGACACGAACCUGGGAGAAGCCACAGACCCACCCAUAGGUUGGGAUCUUCUCUGGAAAAGGAUCAGCUGCAGCUGCAUUUUAGCAGCAGCACCUCGUGAUAUGGGGAAUGCAAUAGCAAGCCUCGGAGGGCAGCACACACUGAUCAGCACAGAGAAAAGGAAAAAGCGCCAGGGCUCAAGGGAGAUUACAGGCAGAGGAGAAAAAUCCCAAACAAUAGCAAGACCACACAGGAUUAAUUUGGGAAAAGUGCAAAAACUAGUGAGGGAAGGGAGAGGGGAGGAUAGGGGCUGUCCAGCCCCAGACAUCUGGGAGCAGAGGAACAUUUUUGAAGGAAGACCCAGCUCAAAGAGCAGCGCUUGUCCUCUGAUUCCCUGUAACAGAUGAGCAGCACAGCAGAAGAGCUUAUGACCUGAGCUCUGAAAACAGCCUAUGAUUAUGUCUCUGCUAUAUUGGUACACCCCCAGAUGCUGCUGGAACCUCAGCAGUAUAAAAGUGCUUCACACCAGUAUAGCUCCCUCCCCUUUCCCACUUAUGUGGAUAACCAUUAUGGCACAAAGCACUUUUAUAAAGAUAUCCAUGCAAGGGCAAGGGGUUAUGUGGCUUUAAAUACACCAAGAAGAGCGGCUAAUACCCUUGCAUAGACUUAAUUAAAUUGUUAAUUAAAUUUGUGCCAUCUCUGAGUGUCAGCCAGCCCAGAGGGUCCAUAAUAAGGGAGAUAAAAUAAAACAGACUCAUGUAGAAGUUUUACAAUAGGUAUAAAUAAUUAUAGUUACUCCACUCACCUAUGUCUGUCAAAACGAAUUUUCUUCCUCAACAGCUCCACGGAAAGAGCUGUUUUCCAUUCUCUGCCUCAUGCUGUGUGUCCAUUGCAAGAACCAGCUGCUUGCUCUGUGGGCAGUACUGAUGGAAACCUGUCUCCAGCAGGAAAUCUUCUGUGUGGAAUCUCUAACAGCCAACAGAGGAUGAGCUGUUGACUUUUUCCUGAAAAUCAGGAGUGUGUGUUCAAAGGGAGGCUCUGAGAAGGUCUCUUUUCAACUUUAUAUUCACAAAAAGCAGAGGAACUUACUGUGUAUGGGAGUGCUGCAUUUCUAAGGCUUAGAAGGAGCUGAUGGACCUGAAUCCAUAGUGUGAGGCCAUAUGGGGCUUUCUGGACAUCCGUGGGCCUGCUGACAGGACACAGGACCUGCCAGAGACUUCAGCCUUUCUGGAGCAUCAGCUGGAAGCCAGACGGGCCCUAAUGUGGCUCUAAACUCUUACACGUGGGUGUUGAAUGAAGUCUAUAUCAUCUCAGUUGACCUUAGCAGGAUACCCCUACUCCACAGGAGAUACCUGUGUUUAGAUGGCCCUAUCUGUGAGUUGAAGCUUAUCUUUGGGUCCCUUUACUUCAGUUCCACCUCAGACGUUCAAUCUGUCACCAAGAGGCGGAAAAGGUGGAUAUAUUAAUGAUAAGGCAUCCAGAGACUAUGCUCGUGGGGACCACGCACAGAUGGCAGACAAAACACAGCCCUCCUGCUCCUAGACUGCUGGACCCUCCACCUUCAUUGCGACUUUUCAGUAACUUCCAGCAUAGGUUUCAUCUCACACGCCCAUGUGUAAAAAGUUCUCUCUCAAUUUCCCACCCCCUUCCCGAUCCCUUCUCCCUGAAAAGUGAUUUCAGAGGAGAAUAAAGAACAAACCUUUGCAGAAAACCAGUCCUGGGUAUGAGCUGAGUAGACUCAGGGAUGCCACAAAGCCCACAUAAGGUGCUCCCUUAUUACAUCUCUCCAGCUUUGACUUUGUGGUCUAUUUUCAGAAUAGCAAAAGGUUUAGCAGUUUUGGAGCACUAAGUUUAGCUGUUUAGGGAGAAGGACCUACCUAGCCCUGCUAUGCAUGACCCAGAAGAUGGAUUGAGAUCUUUGAUUCAUCUGGAGGGGAAGUUGCUUCCCAAGCGCAACGGUGGAGCCAUUCGAUCACACACGUCUCCCCUCAUGGGACGGCAGGAAAGCUCACGUUCCCUCAGCGGUGACUCAUAAGCUGACAGACUGUUCCUGAUGCAUCGAGGCUAGUAGUACAGCUGUUUCCCCGGCCCCCUCCCUUCCCACUUGUCCAAUGUGUCAUAUUAAAGAGAGAUCGGCUUACACAUGCUCCAAUAUGGAUCCCUUAAGCUUUGUAAUGCUGUGGCUAUAUAUAAAGCCCGACGCUGGAAGCUGAAGUACACAGACAGCUGCGAUAGUAGCAAGCAUUUCACGUUCGCAGUGCUCUGACAGUCUGGAAGCAAGGGAGAACUGUGCACUCAGUUUUGUGUAAGUUUCUUUACCAAGGGCUCAGAUAUUGAUACAGAUAAAUAGUUAUAGAUAAACAGAGAGAGAGAGAGAAAAAAAAAGAACAACUGGGAAAAAAAGCAAUUACUCAGCACCAUGGCUCUGCCUUUUGAUCAAGUGGAAGAACUGCGCCUCUACCAGCAAACUCUUCUCCAGGAUGGACUCAAAGACAUGUUGGACCACAGUAAGUUUCUGGACUGUGUCUUAAAAGUCAAGGGGAAGGAGUUUCCUUGCCAUCGGCUGGUGCUGGCAGCUUGCAGCCCGUACUUCCGGGCGAUGUUCCUCUCAGAUACGGAAGAGAGCAAGAAGAGGGAGGUCAGUUUGGAAGAUGUUGAUCCAGAUGUCAUGGGCAAGAUCCUCCAUUAUAUCUACACCUCUGAGCUGGAGAUCACAGAGCAGAACGUGCAGGACAUCUUCUCUGUGGCCAACAUGUUCCAGAUCCCUUCCAUCUUUACUGUCUGUGUGUCCUUUCUGCAGAAGCGGCUCUGCCUCAGCAACUGUUUGGCUAUCUUCAGGCUGGGGUUGAUGCUGGACUGUGCCCGGCUGGCUGUAGCGGCUCGGGAUUUCAUCUGCGAUCGCUUUGCACUGGUCUCCCGGGAUGAGGAGUUCUACCAGCUCUCCCCAGAUGAGCUCAUUGCCAUCAUCUCCAGUGACUCCCUCAAUAUUGAGAAAGAGGAGACAGUCUUUGAAGUGGUGAUGAAGUGGGCAGGGACCAAGGACCGUGAGAACCGGCAGAAGGCCUUACCUGUUGUCUUUGAAAGCAUCCGCUUCCGCCUCAUGCCCAAAGACUAUAUCAAGGACCACGUGGAGAAGCAUGCCAUGGUGAAGUCCAGCCCAGAGCUGCUCAAGAAACUGCAGAUCGUGAAGGAUGCCCAGCAAGGCAAAUUCACUGUGGUGAAGAAGAAGAAAGUGAAGAAAAGCAGUGAAAAGCAAGCAAAAGACAAUGCUGUCAAUGGAGCAGUGGAUGAGGAAGAAGAGAUAGAGGAGGAUGCCCUUCCAGGGAUCUUAAAUGACACAAUGCGCUUUGGGAUGUUCCUCCAGGACCUCAUUUUCAUGGUGAGCGACAGUGGAGCAGUGGCCUACGAUCCCACAGCCAAUGAGUGUUAUUUUGCCUCCCUGUCUGCUCAGAUCCCAAAGAACCACAUCAGUCUGGUGACCAAAGAAAACCAGAUCUUCAUUGUCGGAGGACUGUACUACAAUGAGGAUAGCAAAGAAGACCCCAUGAGUUCCUACUUCCUACAGUAUGACCACCUGGACUCAGACUGGCUGGGGAUGCCCCCCCUGCCCUCUCCUCGCUGCCUUUUCGGCCUAGGAGAGGCAGAAAACUCCAUUUUUGUGGUCGGAGGGAAAGAACUGAAAGAAGGAGAAAAGACCUUGGACUCUGUCUUGUGUUACGACCGGCAGUCCUUCAAAUGGGGUGAAGCUGACUCUCUUCCCUAUGCAGUCUAUGGCCAUGCAGUAGUAUCACACAAGGACCUUGUCUACGUCAUUGGCGGCAAAGGAAGUGACAAGAAGUGUCUGAAGAAGAUGUGUGUCUACAACCCGAAUAAGUUUGAGUGGAAGGAGCUGGCUCCUAUGAAAAUUGCCCGUUCCUUGUUUGGAGCAACUGUGCACAAUGACAAAAUCUACGUGGCGGCUGGUGUGACCGACUCUGGCUUGACGAACUCAGUGGAAGUGUAUGACAUUGCAUCCAACAAGUGGGACACCUUCACAGACUUCCCUCAGGAGCGCAGCUCGGUCAGCCUGGUGAGCUUGUCUGGGAUACUUUACCUGCUUGGUGGAUUCGCCACGGUGGAGACGGAGUCAGGAGAACUGGUGCCAACUGAGCUGAAUGACGUUUGGAGAUACGAUGAAGAACAGAAGAAGUGGGAAGGGGUCCUCCGAGAGAUCCAGUACGCUUCCGGUGCCACUUUCCUUCCUGUGCGCCUCAAUGUUUUGCGGCUAACAAAGAUGUAAAGAGGCGCGAUAUAUUUUUUUCCACGGGGCUCUGGGGCAAGAAGGGAGUGGUGGGGUGGGGGGGGCAGAGCUGAGAUCACAUGUGUCAGCACAGAGAUGUGGCAGGGUUUCUCUGAAUACGGUGUAGAACAUUGCAUCUGUGAUUGUUACCAUUUUACCUCAUCAAAUAGGAAAGGGGAAAAAAUCUUGAAGCCUUAUGGGAACUUGAAGUUGCUCACAGUAUAACUAGAGGAAGGAUCUGGAGACUGCAAGGAGCUGGAAUAGACUAAUGAGCAUGGAGCAAAGACCUCCUCCAGUCUCAGUAGAGAGGACAACAAAAAAAAAUCUAUAUUCUUGUUCCACUUCUUGCUCCAGCUUCUUCUCUACCUUCUCAACCACUCCUGAAUCUCCCUAACCACACAUGGAGGCAGAAAGUGGCUCUCAAGGGGCUAAGCUGAAGUUCCCUCAGGCAAGGGGGGGUGGAGGUCUCAAAUGCAUUUCCCAACCUAAGGUAGCCAUGAGCAGACCUCCCCACAGCGUGGUGCUAGACCCCCCCUGCUGAGAGGAAGAGGAGAGCAGAGGCAAAGGCAAGUGGUGCGGGUCAGACUUGGGGGACUUUGAUGAUCUCUAGAGUGAGGACAGUUAGGGUGAAACAGUGAAAGAAAAGAGCCUGUGCGCAUGGACAGGAGAGGUUGGUCCAUCCAACCUUGGACGUUUGGAUGCAAAGAAAAGAGUUUUAGUUCCUUUGUCUCCACCUAGUCUUUGGACUGAAGAGACUCCAGGAGCUAAGAUCUGCUCGAGGGGAAGAGCUGUGCCAGCAGUUGGGUAGGUAAGGGGCAGACGGGGAGGGAGGGCUGUAUGUGGUCAUCGCCGUCCUUUUGGGUUGAUCAAGCAGAACUGCACCCUUUCUACCUUCAGUCAUAGACUGCAAUGUCCUCACCUCUGGCUGGAUAAAUGCUGCUUUUCAGGGAAAGGUUUUAUAUUUAUGUUGUCUCACUUAUUUUUAAUUUUUUUUAAGAAUAUCCUAGUUUGCAAAGUACAUGGAGCCGUCAAAUGUGUUUGGUUCAAAGACAGUUUCCUACUGAGGAUUUUUUUUUAAGUAAGUAAGUUAUUCAUAACGAUGUUUUGAUAGAAACACAGCCUUACUGGCAGCAGGACAGAGAUCUGUUCGAGUGAAAAACUCUUGA